AUGGCCGACACACCGUUUUCCACUGCUUUGCAGCGACAUGAAUAUGGCUUGACCAAAUACCCCUCCCGAUCGGCGGGAAAAAUUGGAGAAAUUGGUGCAGGUAUACAGCUUCCACCCAACUGCACUCGACUUUUGCAGCAAUGGGGAGUGACGUCUCAUUUCCAAGAUUCGGUAGUUGAGCCGGAGGCCAUCACAUUACGGCGCUGGGAAAAUGGCGUCCCAUUGGGCACUACCAAGCUGGUACCCGAUUUCCAGUUCAAGUUCGGUAGCCCUUAUUACCUUAUGCAUCGGGCGGAUUUUCACACGGCACUGGUAAAAUGUGCCCGCCAGCUCGGAGUGGAAAUCCAAACCGGAAGCAGGGUCAUCAGCUACAACAGCGAUGCGAACAGCGCAAGUGUUCAAACAGCUGAUGGGCGAGUGGUUUCUGCAGAUCUCAUCAUCGCGGCCGAUGGGAUAAAGUCUUUGGCCAGGUCUACUAUUCUUGGCGGCAUACCCAAUCCGCCACUUAAUACUGGCUUUGCUGCCUAUCGUGCCACUGUCGAUACAAGUCUUAUGCGCGACCAUGCAGACUUGCGUGGGCUUUUUGAAAGUCCCAACAUUAAUCUCUGGAUCGGAGAAAACCGCCAUGUUAUGACCUAUUGUAUCUCGGGCGGCAAAAAGCUCAACAUGGUUCUUUCUCAUCCUGAGAAUGAGAGUAAUGUCGGUGAUAUUCCAGGAGGCUCCCGGUUAGAUAUGGAGACCACGUUAGCUGAAAUGAGGAAGCAAUUCGAGGGAUGGGACCCAGUACUGAACAAAAUCAUCCAUAUGAUUGCAUCAACUGUCAAAUGGCCGCUGUUGACUGGUCCUUGCCUACAAACCUGGACAUCCCAUUCAAAACGAAUCGUCCUUCUCGGCGAUGCCGCGCAUGCUAUGGUGCCAUACAUGUCACAAGGGGCAGCCAUGGCAGUGGAGGAUGCUGCCGCCUUGGCUGAAACACUCGCCCUGGUUAGUAACAAGAGCCAAAUAAGGCAUGCUGUGGACAUUUACGAAACAGAAAGGAUGAAACGGGCUUAUGGCAUGCAGUCAGCCAGUCUGGUCAAUGGCAAGCUAUGGCACUUUGCUGAUGGUGGUGAGCAGGAAGCAAGGGACAAAGGCAUGCUUGCAGAGGUCCAGGGCACAUAUUACUCCGAGAGUACCAAUCAGUGGAGCGAUCCUGUCACUCAAAACUGGGCAUACGGGUACGACGCAGGAAGGGCAAUUAAGGAAGCGUGGAAUCUAAACACCUCUGCUUCGUAG